AUUAGACCUCUUCUAAAGAAGCCUGCGUUAGAUCCCUCAGAGUUGAGCAAUUAUAGGCCAGUUUCCAAUCUCCCAUGGCUGGGCAAGGUAAUUGAGAGGGUGGUGGCCUCUCAGCUCCAGGCGGUCUUGGAGGAAACUGAUUAUCUAGACCCAUUUCAAACUGGUUUUCGGGCGGACUAUGGGGUGGAGACUGCCUUGGUCGGCCUGAUGGAUGAUCUCCAACUGGCAAUGGACAGAGGAAGUGUGACUCUGUUGGUCCUCUUGGAUCUCUCGGCGGCUUUCGAUACUAUCGACCAUAGUAUCCUUCUGGAACGUCUGAGGGGGUUGGGGGUGGGAGGCACUGUUUUUCAGUGGUUCAGCUCCUACCUCUCGGACAGAUUCCAGAUGGUGUUGAUUGGAGAUUGUUGCUCUUCAAAAUCUGAGCUUAGGUAUGGUGUUCCUCAAGGCUCCAUACUCUCUCCAAUGCUUUUUAACAUCUACAUGAAACCGCUGGGAGAGAUCAUCAGGGGAUUUGGAGCUGGGUGUUACCAGUAUGCUGAUGACACCCAGAUCUACUUCAGGAGUGCCUUCUAUCAGCUUCGGCUGAUACGCCAGCUGAGCCCAUUUCUCGAGAUCAGUGACCUCAAAACAGUGGUAAAUUUGUUGGUAACCUCCAGACUGGACUUCUGUAAUGCUCUCUACGUGGGGCUUCCUUUGUACGUAGUCCGGAAACUUCAGUUGGUCCAGAAUGCGGCAGCCAGGUUGGUCUCUGGGUCAUCUCGGAGAGACCACAUUACUCCUUUGUUGAUGGAGUUACACUGGCUGCCAAUAGGUUUCCGGGCAAAAUACAAAGUACUAGUUAUUACUUAUAAAGCCCUAAACGGCUUAGGCCCCAGGUAUCUAAGAGAGCGUCUUCUUCGCUAUGAGCCCCACCGGCCGCUGAGGUCACUUGAGGAGGUCCGUCUCCAGUUGCCACCAACUCGUUUGAUGGCUACACAGAGACGGGCCUUUUCGGCUGCUGCCCCGAGAUUGUGGAAUGCACUCCCUGCUGAGAUACGAUCCUCCCCAUCUCUGUCAAUUUUCAGAAAACACCUGAAAACACAUCUCUUCAGCCAGGAUGCUGCUGUGGCAGCUGUUGAAAUCCCAGGAACAUAA